UGUUGAAGAUCCCGACACUAGCUCGUCGCCGUGCGAUUUGCUAAUUGAAGCUUAGAUGCACCCGAAGAGAACCCUGACGGGAUCGGUAUCGAAGGUGCCAUGAAGUUCCUAGGGGAUAUCCAAGUACAACUAGACGAAGUGGCAUGCCUGGGAAUCGCAGAGCUUCUCAAGUCGCCGUCCAUGGGUGAGUUCACGAGAGAAGGCUUUGUAAACGGCUGGAGAAGCGCUGGAUGUGAUAAUCUACAAAAGAUGAUUGCUCAUGCGGCGGACAUUCGAGCUCGUAUCCCGGCCGAGCCAGACCUCUUCCGUCGCGUUUAUCGGUACACAUUUCCUCUCUGUCGUAUGCAAGGGCAGCGGAAUCUCCAGUUUGAUAUUGCUGCAGAACAGUGGAGAUUGUUCUUUACGCCCGAGCACGGUGGCAUCCAGUGGAACACGCCUACGACUCCCUGGUUGGACUGGUGGAUUGAAUAUCUCGAAGAGCGCGGAAAGCGACCCGUCAACAAGGAUCUGUGGGAACAGGUUGAAGUGUUCCUGCGCAAGACCCUCGAGGAUGAGAACUUUCGUUGGUGGAGUGCUGACGCCGCUUGGCCGGGGACCCUAGAUGAGUUUGUGGGUUGGGUGCAGGCGAAACGGGGCAAGUCUGCGGAGGAGAUGGAGGUCGAGUAACCACUGACAAAGAAUGAUGGAGUGCAUCAUCAGUCUUAUUAGGCAUAGCCUGAUCACCUUCUUCAUCAAGGCUGUGUGCCAUCCUUCGUACUUCGUGGAUAUAUGUGUAAAUGAGCAAUUCAACUUCUCUAGCGUGGACAAGGUCUCUCACUAUGUUACUGGAGACUAUAAGACCUAAAGUCUGCUGAUCUA